AUGCCUUCUUUCGGCGACUUUGUCAGGACCCAAUUUCUUCUCAAGAUUCCCAAGCCAACGGCCUCGUUUGCGCCCAAGACGGUCAUUGUCACCGGGGCAAACGGAGGCUUGGGAAAGGAAACUGCCAAGCACAUUGUCCGCCUGGGCGCCAGCAUGGUCAUAUUGGGUUGCCGAAACUUGUCCAAGGGCAACGCCGCCAAACGAGAGAUCGAAACUGCCUCAGGGCUUAGUUCCAGCACCAUUCAGGUUUGGGAGCUCGACAUCGAAUCCCCGAAGUCCAUCAAGCAGUUCGUGGACCGGGCCAAUGCCCUACCGCGGCUGGAUGUCUUGAUCAACAAUGCCGGCAUCCAAAGUCAAAAGUUUUCCGUCGUCUAUGGCACGGAACGCACCCUGGCCGUGAACGUCAUCGGAACCUUCCUGCUUGCACUGCAGCUGCUCCCCAAGCUCCGCGAGACGGCCCACAACUACCAGACGACGCCGCACAUGACCUUCGUCGGGUCUGCCAUGUACGACGUCGCCAAGUGGCCCGACCAGCACGGCAGGGACAUCUUUGCCUGGUACGAGGAUAAAACGCAUUUCUCCGCGAUCAAUCAGUGA